AUGAAGCAAUCCACGCGGCCCCCGCUACCAUGCUGGGCUUUGCUUGGGGCCAUGUUGCCAAUGGCUGCUGCCAUGAAGUUCACGCAGGAGUCAAACGUUUCGAUGUGGGAGUAUGCUACAGACUCGGCUGGGCACUCGAACACUUCUGUUGCCGCAGUUCACGGUGCCUUGAUCGCUCGUUCCUCAAAAACCUCCAUGGGGCAGCAUGCGAAUGCUUCCGACAUGUCCCUCGACGCCGUGGCAAGUGGAAAAGCCGCUUCCGCCAUUGUGGGAACCUUCUCUGACUUGGCCAAUGCGGUCGCGGAUGCCGGCGAAACCCUCGGCACGGCCGCCGGAAACGUUUUUUCUGCAGUCGGGAACCGCGUCAUCAACGCUCCAAAAAUGAGGUUUGACAAGCUGGAUUCUGAGCUCAAAGACUUAGCCGACGAACUCGGGGACCAAGCCUUGGAUGUGGGCAAUGUUCUGCAUGGGGUGGCCCGAACUACGCUCGAGGCAAGAUACAAGUUGGCAGGGCACCUCUUGGAUUUAGCGACGGAGGUCUACAACAAAGCCAAGGAGAUAGCCACCCAGGUGGCGAACGCGGUUGAGAGCUUCGUGAAGUGCAUUGCCGAGGAUGCACUGGCAGCAACCGAUGAGCAAGGCCGGUGCAAGGCACUCCUUGGCAAGCAGUGUGACUGCAGUCUUGACUCGAACGGCAAGGCGAAGAGCCAUCUAAAGACCACCGGACUUGGCAUGGACAUGAAGUGCGUGCCCAGCAAGACCUCCGACUUUGCCAAAGGGUUUCGAUUGAAAGCUUCGGCAAGCAGCAGUGGUGAGGCCUCUCCAGUGGGAGGGGUGCCACUGCCAGGAACCGAGGAAGAAAUUGAUUACGCUGACGUCUCCACGAUGGAGGCCACCGCGGCUGACACAAGUAAGGAAAUCAGGACGAGCCCCGAGCAAGCACUGGAAGCCCUUGCGACACCGCAGCCUAGUGGAUCCUGCGAGGGGGACUUGAGCGUGGCCCUCGAUGCCGUCGUGACGUUUAACCCAGACCUCAUCGAGGUGAAGACGAAGGUUAGUGGCUCCACAGUCGAGACAGAGGCCAAGGUCGAAGGUUGGGUACGCGCAUCGGUGCAAGCCUGGGUGAAGGGAGAAGGCACUUGCUCCUAUGAAGCUCAAAGGGGGUUUCCCAAGCAGCCCAAGAAGAAGAUGAUUUGCGCCAAGGGUGUGUGCAUCAUCUUGGCAAUGCAGAUGCUUGCGACACUCAAGCUGGAGGGCACCCUCACAGGAACGGUCACACAAUCCUACGACGUGGACUUUUUCGUGACAGGCAGGGCCGUGAUGAACACCGACACGAAUCAGGAGUCUCUGGUUUACGCUGAUAUCAAGGACGUUAAGUACGAGGAAGGCAUCAAAGCCGCGGCGGAGGCUACCGCUUCUUUGCGCGUGAGUGUCGGGCCAAAGUUUGUGGUCUGGCCCACUCCGGGACUUCCGGUGACCUUCUUCCCCCAAGUCCACGCACAGGCAGAGGCCGUGGGCAGGAUCGAGUAUCCCCAGGGCAACGGGGAUCGCCGCCGCCGCAGCGGGCCGGACGGUGCCCCCAAAGCUCCGCUCAACAUGUGCCAUGCGGCAGUCAUGAGCAUCUAUGCAGACCUGGGCAUCACCGGCUUCGCCCUACCUCCCCCAUUGGAGGACUUGCUGGACGGCGACGUGGUCAAGGCAAUGCUGACAGAAGCCAUCAAGGAAGGCGCAGAGAAGGCCUUCGGCCCCGGUGCCAGCGCCGUCGCGAACUGUGUGCCAGGUGCAGGCACAUUGGCCCACAGAAUUGCCAGCAAAGUUGCGACUCUGCUGGCGAGCGCUCUUACGGCCCUGCAGCUCCCUUGGCAGUUGCAGAUGGUCGAGCUUCUGAGCUCGGACAAGCUGUUCUGCGAGGAGCCCUGGAAGACGGACGGCUUCGAGCAGUCUCCCUGUGCAGAGGAGAUUGGUUGCAGCGGCACUGGCCUUUUAAGUCUCCCAGAGCCUGGCGUCAUGGAGAUGCCCCCGGAAGUCUCUACGACCUCGACCACCACGGCUGGGCAGAGUGCGGCGGAGCAGCAGUGCAACCACCGGCCUACGCACAUUGCCUUCGGAGAUCGCUUUCUUGAGAUGGGCAGCUUCCGCAUCGCCGACCACGAUGGGGACCAUUUCACGAUCACGCACAGGGAUCUCUCCAAGGCGGUCAUGAUUCUGAAAAAGGACUGGUCUCGCGUCAACCAGGAUUCGAAUCAGCUCAACGAUGGCAAAUGGAGGAACGAGGCUUGGGGCAGGCCCAAAGGAAUCGAACACGUCAAAGGCAGCAUCAAGAUGGGUUUCCAGUUCAUCCAGAUUGGCAACUUCCGCUUAGGCGCGGACGACUGGUGCCUCAUGGUUUCGCACAUGGACCCCACUACCAAGGGGGUCCUUCGGGAGUGGAAGCACGACGGAUCGACUUGGGACACAGCAGAUCGGACCCUGAGAGACCGCGCCGAGGGGCCCCCAACAGGCAUCAGCGUUGGAUGGGCGUAUCUCCAAAUUGGCAAGUUCCGCAUCGGAUACACUGGCGAUUCUUUAGUGAUUCUCAAUGCCGAUGGCACGUACCCGAACAGGAUCAUUGAGAAGUUCAGCAGCAAUGGCGAUUCUAAAAGAUUUUUCGACGACGAGCCAAAUCUUCGCAAGACCUUUGUCGACCGUCCUCCACAUAAGUGGCCGUGCCCCCAGAUAGGUGAUAUCGCCUUCGGCACCUGCGAUCGCGGCUUUGGAGCCUGGGGAGACCGCUUUGUCCAGCUGGGUGAAUGGCGCCUGGCGGCCAUUGAUUCUAACCACUUCAGCAUCUCCCACCGCAGUCGCUGGACCGCCCAAAUCUUCAGAUCCGACGGGACUCUGCACCCAGGACCCAGAACGGACUUCAGCUCGUCGUGGGACAGGCCCAUCGGUUUUCCUCACGGCAUUACCUUCGGGAAGAACUUUCUGCAGAUUGGCAGUUUCCGCCUGGCAGCGAUGGACGACAACCACCUGACCGUCUCCCACAACUCUGGGAAUACUGCGCAGAUCUUCAGGAACGACGCCACCAUCCAUUCUGGGCCGACGACAACUUGGAACGCCUGGAAGGGCAGGGAACAAGACGUUGCUGGGCCUGCAGCUGGAGUUCUGUAUGGGAAGCACUUCCUCCAGCUCGGCAACUUUAGACUAGGAGACGCGGAUGGAGGUCACUUCUUGGUAACGCACAGCACCGACACUUCGCCUUCCACGAGCCGGACAAUCCGAAUCUACAGGGCGGAUGGUCAUAUGUUUGGAGAAAUUGCCGGAUGGGGCUGGCAGGUGACCGAUCGGCCGACGCAAUCGCAUUGUGGCGCCAUCCAGAGCACCACUGGCACCUGUCCCGGGAUCACUGCAGGUGACGGCUUCCUGCAGUUCGGGGACUGGCGCCUUGGAACCUCCGACCUGGUCCACCUCUCCUUCUCCCACCGACUGGGGAAGACCGCGCAGAUCGUGCGAAGGGAUGGCAUCCUCGCAUCGGGAGGGACAGGCUUUAGCACUUGGGGCCUCGAAUCUCUCGCAGCCUCCAGUUUGAGAUUUGGCGAUCGCUUCAUCGAGCUGCAUGGCUUUCGCAUUGGCGAGGCUGACGUCCCGUCAAUGACAAUGUUGGGGACCACCACGAACUACCUCACCAUAUCGCACCAGCUCUUCCAUGGAGGACAGUUCGCAAUCUUGGCCUUUUCCCGGACUGGUCAGACUGUACACAUGACUUCGGGCGGCUUGUUCAAUCGUGCCUACGGCCCGCCCAAGGGCAUCACCUUUGGCGACCGCUUCGUGCAGAUUGGCAAUUUUCGACUCGGAGAUGUCGAUGGAAAGAAGUUCUCCAUUGCGCAUGUGGGUUUGCGAGAUGGCAACGACAGGAGCGACAAGACCAUCGUCGUCUACAAGGAAGAUGGGAGCGUGACGAACAUCUCCCCCCCAACAGGCGGCAACGCUGACACAACGGUGGGCCGCCCCUUCACGCCCUGCAAGGUCACCGAGAUCCGCUGA